AUGGCUGUGAAGGAAUGCGGGGAUGCGGUGGCCACUGCAGGGGAGGUCGAGGUAGUCGCAGUACCCAUUGCUGAGGCAGAGCUCGAGGCAGAUUCAGGAGCUGACACUGAAGUGGCUGAGGUCUGGUUCAGCUCAGUGUCCCUUAGUGUAUUCCUGGUGUCUGUUGCGUUGACAGUAUGUGCCAUUUGGCUGGUGGCUCUAUGUGGCGUCUGUACCUGGUGUCAGCGUAAACUGGGGAAGAGGAAUAUGCCUGGGGUGGAGGCUGCUAGCUCUCCAGACUCUGUGAGAGGUCGAGGGGAAAAUAAAGCCAUCAACCACAGCGAUCUUGACAGAGACUUUUGGAAUAACAAUGACAGCAGCAAUGUGCAACAGAGGUGGAGCUCCUAUCCGCCCAAGGAGUUCCUCUUAAACAUGUCACCCUAUGCUCCCUACGGAGACCCUCGCCUCACGCCCAACGAGGGGAAGAUGGUGGUUUUGUCUCUAGCUAUCGGCCUGGCUGAACAGGAUGACUUUGCCAACCUCCCAGAUCUACAAGAGGCGCCAGCAUGUCAAGAAAACCAAACCCCAACAGAGAAGAGGACCCUCGGAAAUAAACCCGGUAGCAGCCCCAAGGGUCAGACCCCUGAUGACACCGGACGCCGCCAUGGACCCGGCCAUGAUGCCAACUCCUCGGUUUCCGACUUGGCCAACUCGGUCACCAGCGACAUGCUCAUGUUGUCUCCUGGCUCUGAGGAAGAGGAGCAUGAAGGUCCGGUGUGUGAGAAACUGGGUCGGAUCCAGUUCAGUGUCGGCUACAGUUUCCAGGACUCCACCCUCACGGUGAAGAUCCUCAAAGGUCAGGAUCUGCCUGCGAAGGACUUCUCCGGCACCUCCGAUCCCUUCGUCAAACUCUACCUGCUGCCAGACAAGAAGCACAAGUUGGAGACCAAGGUCAAGAGGAAGAACCUUAAUCCCCACUGGAACGAGACCUUCCUCUUUGAAGGGUUCCCGUAUGAGAAGGUGGUCCAGAGGACUCUAUACCUGCAGGUCCUGGACUACGAUCGCUUCAGCAGGAAUGACCCCAUCGGAGAGGUGUCCAUCCCUCUCAACAAGCUGGACCUGGCCAACAUGCAGACUUUCUGGAAGGAGCUGAAACCAUGCAGCGAUGGCAGCGGGAGUCGAGGGGAUCUGCUGGUGUCUCUGUGCUACAACCCCACUGCCAACACCAUCACUGUGAGCAUAAUCAAAGCCCGCAAUCUCAAAGCCAUGGAUAUCGGAGGCACCUCUGAUCCCUAUGUGAAGGUGUGGUUGAUGCACAAGGACAAGCGUGUGGAGAAGAAGAAAACGGUGGUGAUGAAGCGCUGUCUGAACCCCGUCUUUAACGAGUCCUUCCCUUUCGACGUGCCUGCCCACGUGCUGCGGGAGACCACCAUAAUCAUCACCGUCAUGGACAAGGACAAGCUCAGUCGCAAUGAUGUCAUUGGCAAGAUCUAUCUAUCAUGGAAGAGUGGCCCUGCCGAGGUGAAACACUGGAAAGACAUGAUGGGUCGUCCUCGUACCGCCGUGGCCCAGUGGCACGCUCUCAAGGCCUGA